AUGAACUAUGUGGUAUCAAACAAUAAGUUGUCUGGAAAAAUUCCACCAUCCAUAUGUGAUUUGCACUCUCUCCAGUUGCUUGAUUUGUCGUUUAACAACAUCAGUGGCUCAAUUCCUCCAUGCUUGGAGAAACUAAACAGUUCGUUGUUAGUGCUGAAUCUUAGGGGUAACAAAUUACAAGGAACCAUUCCCAAUGCUUUCAGUAAUGGAAGCAAGCUUCUAAUGAUCAAUUUAAGUGAAAAUCAAUUAGAGGGAAAGAUACCAAGAUCAUUGGAAAACUGUGCGUCACUCCAGAUCCUUGAUCUUGGAAAUAAUCGUAUGGAGGACAUGUUUCCCUUCUGGCUAGGAGCACUUUCAGACUUACAGGUUCUCUUACUUCGGUUUAACAAAUUUCAUGGUGCUUUAAAGAUCCCAAGUAAAACCAACUUCACAUUCUCAAAAUUACGCAUCAUCGACCUCUCAUUUAAUUCAUUUUCUGGUGAUCUUCCACAUCGGUACUUCAAGGAUUGGUCAUCAAUGAAGGAGACAGAAGAAAAUGCAGCAUAUAUGCAAGCAAAUGUUAAUAUUUUUGGGGAAAAGUACUUCUGUAACAAGUUCCAGGGGGAGAUUCCAGAAGCCAUUAAAGCCCUUAGUAAUCUUCAGUUGCUCAACCUUUCCAAUAAUGAGCUUUCUGGUAUCAUUCCAUCAUCCAUGGGGAACCUGACAAAUCUUGAAUCAUUGGAUCUUUCUAGUAACAAACUCUCUGGAAAGAUUCCUCAAGCGCUAGUACAACUGAAUUUUCUCGCAUUCAUAAAUGUGUCAUUCAACAAACUCACUGGCCCUAUACCUCAAGGUGGACAGUUCAAUACCUUUCUGAACAUGUCUUACAUGGGAAAUUCAGCACUUUGUGGUGACCCUUUAUCUAAGGAUUGUGGAGAUCCAAAAGCAUCAGAGCGUCCAACAAUCUCAUCAGCUGAAGCUACUUGGUCUGACUUCCCAAGUGGAUUUGAUUGGGUUUUUAUUGUUACAGGAGUUGCAAGUCGGCUAGUGAUAGGGGUUCUUUUUGGAGGCCAUCUAACCACAGGUUGUUACAAGUGGUUUCUAAAAAGAUUCAGAAAGUGA